AGGCGAGCAAGCACGACCAAACUAACGUAUAGCCGGUGUACGUGUUAAUUGGUGAAAAGCAACAGGGUCCGUCCAGCUUUUCGUCACUCUGGCCUGCACAAAAUUUUGCAAACAGAAGAUCGAGCUGGUUUGCGGGGUAAAGGACACGUUGAAACCAUGAGCUCCGUGGAAGCUGCUGCCUCAUUAUUUGGCUCGGAGGGUGAUGCCGGACCAGACCCAUUUGCGGUCAUUGGCAACGAGGACGGUGACACGACGCAUGCAAUCGGGUCGAAUAUUGAAGAACAACAGUCGACCCAACAUGCUCAGCACGAUCCUUCUUCAUACCCAGCGGACAUGGGCCAGGACGCUUCGAGCUUGUUCGCUGAGCAAAUGUACCCAGACGCCCAAGCCUCCGGACACGAUGACUGGUCGUUUCCGACCACCCAAGACUCCAAAGCUCAGCAGGUGAAUGGGACCCAUGGACCCUAUGUCCAGCAGCAAAGUUGGUAUUCGGACGUUCAUUCGACGGGUUACGAACCACGACUCAGCCAUACUCCUCAACCAGUGGUGCGAAACGCCUUCACGAGCGACCACGAUCCAUACAAACCAAGUGCCCACAGCCAGCACCAGCCUCCUGACCCAUACAAACCAAGUCCCCCAGGCCAGCAUCCAGAUCCUUCGGCGCCAUCGUAUGUACAGGCUCAGCCCGUUUAUGACCCUUACAAGCCCAGCACGACUGUUCCACAUACGCAUCACACGCCAGUGGUCUCCCGACCUCAGACUACGCAGGAGACCCAUAAACCCAUCUCACGUUCAGUAUCUUCACCUUACGCCCCUACGACUGUUGUGCCCCCGCCAACUCCACCUUCUCAGCCCUUUGUGGCAGGAAAUGCUCCCCCUGCUCCACCAACAGCGGCAUCGUACAGACUGAAAACAUCGAACGCAUAUGACCCUCCCCUUCCCCCUCCCAGAGUGUCCAAACGUGCCGUAAGUGCACGCACCUCUCGUUCAGGGUCGCCAGCCGUUGGGCAUCAGAUGUAUGGGCAAAUGCAGGCUCCCCCUGUUCCGCCUCUUCCCUCAACGGUCACUAAUGCUAGCAAUGGUCCAUCGCCUACUCCUCUGGGACCUCCCCCUCGGCUGCCACCUGGAGCUCCAUCUCAGCAAAGGGUUGGACCCGUGUGCGGAGCCACAGAGCAAUACGGUCCCGUGCCAUAUCAAAAUGGGAUUGCAUACGCCCCAUCCGGCGUGCAGGAAUCGAUUCUUUCCCCAAGGGAUCCUCCAAUUUCUCGCCAAGCACCACCAGGGAGAUUUACAGCCGUUUCAAAUGCUUACAAACCUAAUCUUUCCGAGGUCAACUACGGUGAUAAUGCUACAAAGGCUUCUCGGCAUAUAUCUAACAAUUCGCUUGGCCACGAUACUCUUGAAACGAACAGGGCAUCCCAAACCCAUGACGUGGUGGACGAGCAGCAGCAGCUCGACACUCAGACUGUCUACACAUCAGACGAUAUGCCAUGGCGUGAUCCGGAAGAUGGCAGGUCUGAGAGCGGUUUCCUUCAGUCUGGUGCAGUUUCCUCGAGCGCUCGGCAAGCUACAUCAGCCCAGUAUGGCAGUUCCUCUGCUAGUGACUACUCCCUGCAUCAGACUAUUCCCAAUGCUAGCUCCCGAGAACAGGUCCCGGUGCCUACUGCAUCGAACGCAGAUGAUUUCGUCCAGGUUGCUAGUGGGGUACCUGCUGUGCCACAUCAUGGAAAAAUACCUCACCGUCAAGGCCCUAGCGCCUCCAAUGGGCGAGCAUCUCCCGGCACGUAUUCUGCGCAUACUAGGUCAGGUUCGAGCGGCUCCAGCAUCUCGUCUCUGCGCAGCCCGGUGAAUAGAGUGUCGUCCCCUCUCCGAAAUGUCAAUGCCGUAGACUCCAAUAGUCAGGAUCCCAAUACUCCUGCCUAUGUUGCAAGGGCUGUACACCCAUAUGAUCCCUCCCCGUAUGUUCCAGUUCAACGUACAUCGUCUCGAGCAUCUGUUCGCUCGCUGAAUAAUCAAGCAACAACUACUUCCAACCUCUAUGGAUCUAUUACGCACGGCAUCAUCGCAGACGCGUCCGACAGAUCUACCUCUGCCCCUGGACGAACAAUGUCACCGAGUACCUCUUGUUCCCAGUCUUCAGUCACGGAUCCGUACGCUCCAUCUCGAACAGCCACCGCCAAUGCCACAUCCCAGUUCCGUGGGAGACAGCCGUUGGGUGGUUCUGCACUAGUCUCGGGCUCUAUGGCUUUGGAUGCUCACCAACAGCGCAAUGAAUUCAGUCUCGCAUACCAAUCUUACACGGGGGAAUCUAGCUCGCUUGGGUGUAUCUCUGCGUAUUCUAUCGGUUCGGAGACCCACAUGACAGUUUCUCGACCUCCUUAUGCGCCUUCUCCGUCGUUGUUGGGAUCCAAUGAUCCACUGGGCCGUGUUUCAGCACGGGCUCCAAUUGUGAGCUUUGGGUUCGGAGGCAGGUUGGUCACUUGCUUCCACGGCUCUGCAGAUUUGAGUACCGGGUUUGAUGUUGCGCUCUCUACACGGAGGACGACAAAUAUCACCAUUCGGGAAGUACACAAGGCAUUGCCGGAAUACGCACUUGAGCCGAAGGCGGCGCUUUACCCUGGUCCACUGCUCUCUGAUCCCGGGUCACCAAUGACGAGUCUUGUCCGUACGGGGAUGUCUUCGAAUUUGAAGACCAAGAAAGCACGUGUUACCAAGUAUUUGGAGGAGCGUGCUGAGGAGAUAUCGCGUGCGGCCACGUACGCCUCUGAGGGCAUUGAAAGGCGGAGGGUCGAAGAUAAACUGGCUCUAGUACAGGUGCUGAAGGUUAUGGUCGAGCAUGACGGUGUGCUUUACGGAAGUCCCCAGACUGAUACAGCCGUACGGGCCGCUUUGGUCCCACAUGUUGCCGGUAACCUAAAAGAAGUUGGAACGGAGUCCUCUGCAUCUUUAUCUACACCGGCUUUCACGUCACCCUUUGCAGACGGGUAUAAUGCAUCUCUCCCAGCUACGAACGAAUCUCCCGUUUCAGUCACCGCCACCCGUCCUUCUGCCUUGGACAAGAUCCAAGAAUUCUUGGUGCGUGGAGAGCGCCGUCAAGCAUAUCACUAUGCACUUGAUGAGAAGCUUUGGGCACACGCGAUGAUCAUCUCGAGCGGUAUUGACAAGGAAGCGUGGAAAGAAGUUGUCAGCGAAUUUUUGAAGGCUGAGCUUGGCGUGCACAACCCUCAGCAUGCCCUUGUCGCUGGUGGAAACGAUAAUAUGCCACCUCGAACCAGCGGGAGAGAGUGCUUGCGAGUUGUAUACAGCCUUUUUUCUGGUCAAGGGCCAGCUGCGAUUCAAGAACUUGUACCUACUAACCUACUAUCUAGGGCUACCACCGGUUUGCAAGUGCCCGCCCCUCAUCUACCACAUAUUACACCUAUGUCUCCCAAUUUUCCAUCAGCAGUGGCCGCUGCCCAGGUACCAACUGAGUCACUCUUGAAGUGGCCCGAGAUCGUUGCGUCAGUUCUAGCGAAUGCAUCCAAUCCGGAGUGGUCGGCUGCUAUUACCGCGCUCGGUGACUAUCUAUUGUCUCACCAGCAAGUGGAGGCGGCUCAUGUCUGUUAUAUGUUGUCACCUCAGACGUCAAUAAUAGGUGGGAUUGGCAGUCCGUCCGCACGCAUAGUACUGUUGGGAUCGCAAAGCCCUCACUCGAAGCCGACGUUCUGCAAAGACUUCGAUGCCACGAUCUUUUCGGAGAUCCUAGAGUUCGCAUUCUCACUGAAGGCUACACCUAAGGGACAGGAGCCUUUCCUUGGUUUCCCUCACCUGCAAGCUUACAAGUUAAUCCGGGCUGUGUACCUUGCUGAGAUUGGCCAUGUACAAGUUGCCUCUAGGUACUGUGAAGCAAUCACUGCCUCCAUGAGUCGUCCUUCGCCCUACUUCAACCCCAUGAUGGUUGGUCAGUUAAGGAGCCUCGCUGACCGCCUAAUAGGCACACCUCAUGUGGAUAAAUCGGGGUCAUGGAUAAGUGGGAAGGUGAACAAACCGAGCCUCGACAGUAUUGGUAGCUGGUUGGAGGGCCGUCUGACAAAGUUCAUUGCUGGUGAGGGCGACGAGCCUUCUCCGUCGGCUGCUAGCGCACCGUCUGCAUUCUCCGGACCUCCGCCCUACAGCUCUAUGUCAUCCGCAGAUAACUCUGCAAGCUCAUCACCGCCACCGAUGAUACCAAACGGCCAGUUUGCACCUGCACAGCCUCCUCGUCGAACGGGGUCUGCGAUGUCGUUACCAUCCACACAGUCUUAUGCGCCCAUUGAUCGUGCAUCGUCAGCUAUGGAGCACCACCUGUCCCAUACACAGUGCACCGCUCCGCUUCACCCAUCUCAGCCAUCUUACCCCUUCUCUCCCCAUACCCCUCCAAUGAAUGGACACGCAGCUACAUACAUCCCUGCCUAUGGGAGCAGUUCAUCUUCACGUAAGAGUUCUCUCGAGGUCACGCCCGAGGAAAGCGCCAGCGGGUCUAGCCAACUGCAACAAGAGCAAGGACGCCAGGAGAGUGGGGGGUGGUGGGAUGCGCUCAGCAGCGCCGACUCGUCUGCGACACCUGUAGCUACGACUUUCGUCAGGGUGGGGGGCGUCCCUUCUUCGGGGAAUGGACUUGUCUCUCUCAUGGACGACCCAGCGUUGUCGGUAACUCCCAAUCUGGAUGCAACACCUCGCCGACUUGACACGACUUUCGAAGACGACGAAGAUGAUCUCGGCUUGGGCAACAGUGCUCUUAUGAGGAAGCCAGAGGAAAGUGCGAAGACUGCCGAAGGCUACCCACCGUCGUCAACGCCUCAGCAAGAGUCUACCUCUCAAACCGAGGAUAAACCAGGUUCGUCUCCUACUACACAAGCAGCAUCGGGCGGCUCGUGGUUCAGUCGAUUCUGGAGGCGUUCAGAAACUCCCGGGGCAAUCAAGGCCAAUCUCGGCGAGGAGACAAGCUUCUAUUAUGACACAGAGCUCAAACGUUGGGUCAAUAAAAAGGGUGGAGCAGAGAGCACUCAACCAGCUGCACCCGCACCUCCGCCUCCUGCGCGGGCACAGACCGCCUCACCAUCACAGGCCAGGCGGCCAGCUACUGGUGGCCCCCCAAUCGCCCCACCUCUGGCACGCACGGCAUCUGCUAUUGAUCUAACUAGCUCCAAACCGCCAAUGCGUCCACGGUCGAAUCUCGUCCCGCCGGAGGCAGCCGCCAUGCCCGCUACCCCUAACCUAGACAUGGGGAUUGGUAUUGCCCCACCUCCCAUGGGACGGCCACGGUCGCAAGCUGCGAAGAAGAAUGUAAGGAACAGAUAUGUAGACGUCUUCCAGCAGGAGGCAGGCACUGGUGCGGCAUAAUUACUCCCUCAAUUGUCACGUUAUUCUAGAUAGAAGCAUCAUUUUCCCUCCAACAUAUCUUGACUUCAUUUAUGUGCUGCUCGAUAGCCAUCAGACUGCAACUUUGGGAACUUGGCCGUAUACGGUACUCCAUUCUGCUAUUCGUGUUUUGUACACAUACGCACCUCUUUGUUAUUUGACUCAUUCCGGACUAAGGCGCUUUGAAUGCGAACAGGUCUAAGCACAGCACAA